CUUUUGGAAGAAUCCGGCUCAGGAUUUUUUGCCCGUUAACGAGGAAAACACAUAGGUGAAAUUCAAUAGCGUAGAUAAGUGGAUCAACAUGUUAUUGUUUCAAUUUUUAUGAGUGCGAAGGCUUGUGCUCGUGCCCUUCAUGUUGAAUUCGAAAGUAUGCUUUUGAGAUGGGAAAUAAGAGAUAAGAGAACUGAGAAACGAGAGAUAUCCAGACCCUUUGAAAUAUGGAGAUGUCGAACUCAAAAGACGAGCGGAAAAGUUGAAUUUUGAUAGGAAAAACGCACCAUACUUUCGUAAACCUCUGAUAUCUUACCUCGGGCGGUAAAACGUUCGUGCCGAAACGCUAACCAUGUGGGCCUGCUUAAGGAAUAGACUGUCUACACAGCACUGUUAAGUAUCAGCAUUGUUAAUUUAUGCAUGUAUUGUAAUUCCUUGUACCUGUAGUUAAUUUGCAUUUUGUGACUGGGGGUUGUAAUCACAUUUGUCACGAAGCAAGAGCGGCCGACUGACCUUCGAGAUAAGAAAUCGACGAGGGUAAGUUUUUCUGAAUUUGAUUUAGUUUUCUUUUGAUUCGUCGAGUUACGGAAAUCACACCUAAGCUUGUUGAUCGCAUGUACCGGGACGACUACAAGAAUUCUGACUGAAAUCUCUAGGAAAGCGAACAGAGAAGACAAAAGGCCCUGAUCGUAUGUGUGUAAUGGAAAUUGCUUUUCAAACGAAUGACUUGUCUUGUAAUCCCUAACCCUAAUUCGAAUCGUCAAACAAACAAUUUGACGAAUGACUGAUUUAUGGUCAUAAAAAGUGAAUGUAAGCGGACUUAAAGGAGUAAGAUAAGUUUUAUUCGAUCGAAGUUUUACAACGUGUUACAUAACAUUUCAGUCCCUCGCGUUACUUCACAAUUGACUGCAAUUAUUGUCUAAACGUCUGAACUGCUAUCCUGAGAAUUUCAAAUUGACUUGAUUUUUCUUCUUGAAAUACAACUUUACUGUUGGAAAAUUUGGUGAAAAUGAAACUCGGGCUUACGAUCUGCGAUUACCGCUUUUCGGAAAGAAACGGGUUGAGGUAUGAAUAAGCGAUUUACAACGCGUUAAUUUCACGUGUAAAGCGUCUCGGAUCACGUUUUUCUCUGUUUCCAUGCUAAAUGCUUGGGUCCUGUUCCUGUGAUACUUAUGUCAUAAAAUGAAAUAAAACUUUAUUCUUAUUUUAAAAUGUCAGGCUAAACUUCCGUCUCAGUCUAGGGGCAGAUUUGUCAAUUUACCUGGAGCGAAUAGUUUCGAAAUUUACAUUGAGUGAAUAAGAGAAAAAUGGAGUUGAUGUGCCAAAAAUUGACCUUUCGAGGUAUUGUUUUUCAGUGUUGUGAUUGUUAUCAUCUCUCGACGAGUAAGGUACUCUGAGGAAUGCGUAGAAAAGUAUUUAAAGAAACCCAUACUUCAGGAAAGAAAGAGAAGGUUAAACUAAAUAUUUGAAAAUUACUGGGGAAAAUUACCAUAGAGGUACCAAAACUGCUGUUGAGCUUCUGGGGGAGAAUUCUGCAGGACCCCACGGGUCAUUAUACAAAAUGUUCUUAGGUAAAUGAAAACAAUGACAAAACACUACAGUACCAUUGGGACUAGGGCUUUACUUUAGAAUGUGAUGGGGUUGCACGGAAACAUCUCAGACAUCUUGUUUUGGAAAACAAACCUUACUUUAAUGGAUAAUAAACGAUUGAAAGAAAAAGUCAAUACCGAACAUUCUACGGAUAAACCACAAACAGUCCUGAACAUUUUAUUACAGGGUAUUUUUCAGACUGAAGCUGCACAUAAUGACGCUUUCUCAAAAAGUAUAAUUUACGCGCAUAUAAAUGAAAUGUUUAUGGACAAACAAAGGGUUCAUUUAAGUAUCUAACAGGAACGCUUUUUUACCAUAAGUAUGAGUGUCUGGAAAGAAAAGUAACCUAUCAUACGCCUAACAAGUUUUUAUACGCGGGGCGGUACCUACACGAAUAUAUGUAAGUUAUUUAGUCUCAGCUAAAAUUGUUCUGGAAAGGUCUCCUCUUGCAAUAGCAAUAUCAAACACAGAUCAUGAGUGAGAAAUAGGGAAUGAAAAUUACCAAAGGUAAAAAAAAUCAAGUUAAAUAAUUUCGCUACAAAGGAGCAAACCACGGACAGAGCUGAUAAUGUCUAACUCGAAGUGAUAUCUUUCCUUCAGACUCUUAGCGAACGUGAUUGCACCUGUCGUUUGAACAGUUACUAGACACGUUGCACUUUAUAAUUUUUGGUUAUUUUAGUCUUAUCUUUCCCGCUCCUUCGACAAUAGAUCGGAGUUCUAGUUACCUGGCGUACAUCAAUAAACUUAUUGAGAUCCAGAAUUUUCAUAAAAGAUGUCUUUACUGAGUCAAUGUUUUAGUAUUCGUGUUACUACUCAAUACGUUUUACAGAGCUAACCGUUUUUUUUUUCAACCCGCAGUUGAGUAAUGUUGGCGUUAAUAUGUCUGGUGUUGCUUGCCCUUCUACCCCACGAGGCGUUAUCAACCCUCAAACAGAUCAAGCCUUGUCCGGGAGACACUAGGGGCGACAGGUGAGUUGCUUUUUUAUUGGUGCUUGAUUGUUGGUUAUUGAUGUUGUGCAAUUCAAAGAUAAGUCACCUUGAUAAGUAUGCGAUACGGUUAAGAUUAAUUUUGAUGUCCGAAUUAAAAAUUGUUAACAGGAAACACAGAUUCGCUGAACUUGCGUUAAAGAUAUGGGCAGAUCAAGUUGAGUUGAAUUUAAAGGAAUUUCUAAGAGAGUAUAGUGUUGCUAUGGUAACUUACUGCACUUAGUGAUGACUGUUGGCCAGAAGAAACAUUUAGUUACUGAAUCGGAAUUCUAUCGAUCUGUAGAACUAUAGGCACUAAAAUGAAAAGUAAGAGACCCCUGAAACUUUCUCAAAACAUUUUGUAAUACCUAGAGGUAGGGUUCCCCUUGGGUCAAAGGCUUAAGUAAUUUCCCUCUAACAUAAUUAGACUGCUGAUAGUUCACUCAUUUUGGCUACUUAUCAUGGCUGGUAGUCAGAUCUUUUGGUCGGCCUUUGGGCACAACUCAGUCACAAGACAUCCUGGCCAUCCUGUCUGCCUUUACAGAAAGUCAAUGUUACCAGACAAUUGCACUCUGGUGAUAUUGACAGUCUUGUAGUGCCUAUGGAAAAUGGAACCUUUUUAAGAAACUGCAGCUAAUCUUUUCAAUAGUUUCCAUAUUAAAUUAAAUCGUGUAUUAUUAUUAUAGUUUUAUCAGUAAACUGCAUAACCUAUUAGUUGCCAAUGUUUUAAAAACUCUAUAAAAAUUUUCCUAAUACUUCAGUGUACUUACAUUUAUUUAAAUAUAUUUUUCAAAUUAACAUUACGUGGACCUUGUAUACAGUCAUAGGUCUUAAUUGUUACUCAUCUUAGUUAUCAGUUAGUAUCAUUAAUUAGUUUAACAGAUAAAGAGGCAACACAAUUGGAUACGCUGUUAAUAAACCAUAUUAUUGUUAUUGUUAUUAUUAUUAAUUUUGUAUGUAAAUUCAAUUGUUUCAUCUCAUGAUAGGCGUUGCAAUCACGACCCGACUCAUCGAGUCUGUGCCAAGAUUGGAGAUCCAGGCACGUCAUUUUGGAAAUUUACUCAACAAACAUCUUGGUGUGGGUCAGUGAGUAAGUAUACUGCGCUUUAUGUCUACUCACUUCCUGUAUUUUCUUUGUAAUUUCAUCCAACCAGGCUGAAGGUAAUUGACAGGUUGCCUUGCCAUCAAGGAUAUUCAUAUGGUUUGUUUUAUGGCUGGGCCAAGUUAUGUCUACCCCUGUGCGCCAUCUAAGUAGAAUGUUUUAUAAAAAUUCACUCCAAAUGAGAUUUUAACUUUCAUUGUUUUGAUGGAUUGAAUGUUUUCUUUCAGGGCUCGCAUGACAACAUAAUUUAAUACAUUUUGGAACUAAGUAGUGUGUUUUUCUCUAAACCUUCAUAUACAUAGUGAUUAAAGACAGACUACUGAAGAUGCCCAUUCAAAUUAGAAUAGGCGUGUUUUAAAAGUUGAACAACUUUUUAUUUUCAAAGUUGGUCAAAGUUCUAUCUUGGAGCGAAAACAUUGCUUCUUAACUGUCGCCUCUUAACUUCUUUUCUACAGCCGGACGGGCUUAGAAGAAGUCAGCAGGUUUUUUUCAAUUAAUUAUGCUAAAAUGGAAAAAUUGCAUUUAUUCACUUCACAUCAAUCGACUCAAAAUGAAUAUUGCCCUCGAGGUUCCAAUUUUUUCAUUCCACGGCGAUCAUCGUUAUAAAACAGCGGUGAGCAAUUGUCUAAUACUUUUCGUCUGAGUAUUUUUGUCAUUUUUAGUGUUAUUUUUUGUGUCAAAAGAAGCCCACGAUGGUUUUUAUAUGUGAUCUUGUAUUUGUUCCUGGCCUAACUGUUAUUUAUUCACAACGAUUCACGCAGGUGAUUACGGUGAUGUUAAUGAUGGAAAAAAGAGAUGUCCCCUUGACACUCCAACUUGGUGCAUUUGUAAGUGGGCCACCGCUAAAUGGAUCAAAGGAGAGGGUUGUAAUGAGGUAAGUGAAGCAUAUGAUGGACUUUCUUCUCUAGCUAAUUACCUACUGAAUCUUAGAAUGAGCUAUGGCAAGCUUUAACCCCUCCAGAUUCAGAAAGACUUACAAAUGCCCCCCUGCUUCCAUCCCCUUGUCUUUAAGUUUGUAUUGAAACGAAGCAACUCUUCUAUGACUUUUCAGUCCAAUGAAAGUCGAUCAAGUUCUGUCGUAAUAUGUUAGCGAAACGACCAAUGAGACAUUAGCGAACAACUCGAAACGAGUCGGUUUCCCCUCUCUGUCUGAGAUUUUUUCAUAAAUGUUAGCCUUACCGUUGGCCAGUGUAUACAUAUUUGAUGAAUCCUUCUGGCCCCUUUUUUUAACAGCACGUUCAGUUUGACUGCGAGGCUACUGAUGUGUGUGACUUGAAGGUAACUUAUAGAAUUUGCUUUUCAUUAUACUCUCGGCGCAUGUUCAGUGAGGAAAUAUGCCCUUGCAUGAAUAAGCACCGUAUCUAAGAAAACGGCACUGUAAGGGCAAUAAACUCAAACACACGCAAGAUAAACCGGCUUUUUCUUAAACAGCAGUCUCGGAAACAAUGUCUCCAGGUUUGUCACCAUAGAGCGAGCUAGUUCAAACGGCAAGUUUAUUUUUCUAAAAAAAAAAAAAUUAAACGCCAUGGCACAUGGUUUUCGGUUUUGUCAAGGUCGUAAGAUAUCCUUAUGAAGAUGCUAUAGCCUGCAUCACUCUAAAAAAACUUUUCAUUCUCUAAUUCCCAGGCCUCCUACGUUGAUUACAGCGUAGAUUUGAAGCCCGCUCAUGACUGCAUGAUGAAGAAGUGCAAGGAGCAGUGGGAUGCUUGUCCGGAAAGUGCACCCGAAACUAGGUCCUAUCACACUCGAGACUUCUUAGAAGUUAGAGAUAUACAAUCGUAGGUCUUAUUUAAACGUUAGAUGAGAAGUGCGGGAGAUGUUUGUUAAAAGUGUAGCGGAAAGAUGUUAUAAAUACUGAGGAUUGCAACUUGCAUUGCAAUGAAUAAUGUGCUUAAGAGUGUGCUUUAGUAUUGAAUUAAUAAAAAUGAACGUUCGUAGACGCGGGUAUAAUUUUAAUCCCCGCAGAAAAGUUUAAAAU